AUGACAAGCAAGGAUAUUGGUUGGGAACAUGGUAAACCCGUGGGAGGGAAUAGAAAAAUUGUGAGAUGCAAUUAUUGUGGAAAAAUAAUGCAUGGUGGCAUUACAAGGUUGAAAGAACAUGUCGGUCAUGUCAUAGGACAAGUUGAGCCUUGUCCAAGGGCCUCAAGUGAAGUUAGAGAUUUAAUGAAAAUGCAUCUAAAGAUUGGUAAGAUUCAAAGAGCUACAAUAAAACAGAAAAAAGAAGAAAUAUUGAAUUCUUUCCAACAAGAAAGUAUGCAUGGUAAUUUCAACAUGGUUGGCGACGAGGAGGACGAAGUCUUUUUUGAAAUUGAUGAAGAAAGUCGAAUGGCGUUGGAAAAAAAACAAAUGAAGCAAGCAAUUAGAGAGAGCCAAUACUUGCAAUUUUUAGACGAACAACGAAGGCAUUCGGUAUCUGGGAGUCGACCUUCUAUGUUUAUGUCAGGGAAUAUGGGUGUUGGCACUUCAAACCCAACGACUUCUGAAAAUAAAAGAGGAUUGUCACCUGACAAUCCUUAUUAUCAAUCGAUGAUUGAUGAAAUUGCCAAAGCUGGUUCUGGUAUUAAAGGCCCUUCAGCUUAUCAAAUUGGAAAUGAAUAUUUAGAUGAAGAAUUUGAAGAGCUUGAGAAAUAUCUUGGAGAUAUUUAUGAUAAAUUUUCAACUUUUGGUUGUACACUUAUGUGUGAUGGGUGGAGCACUCGUACAAAACAUCCAAUAAUAAAUUUUAUGGUAUACUGUGAUAGGCACAUGAUAUACCAUAGUUCAGUUGAUUGUACCAAUAUUAAGAAAACUGCUGAAUAUAUUUUCAAGUUAAUGGAUGAGGUAGUAGAGGUUGUGGGGAAAAAAAAUGUUGUGCAAGUUGUGACAGAUAGUGAAUCUAGUAUGAAAGCUGCUGGACAACUGUUGAUGAAAAAAAGAAAAAAUCUUUUCUGGUCACCUUGCGCUGCGCAUUGUAUAGAUUUGAUGUUGGAGGAUAUUGGCAAAAUGGAUAAUGUAAAAGAAACUAUUGCUCAAGGGAAGAAGAUAACAAGUUUCAUAUAUAACAGUGAUAAAGUAGUGAAUCUAAUGAAGACAUAUACAAAAAAAAGGGAACUGCUACGUCCAGAACUAAAAAGAAUGUGCACCUCAGAUGAAUGGGCAGAGUUUAAUAACACUACCAAGAGAAAAGCAGAAGCUAUUAAAGUAGCUGAGUUGAUAUUGUCAGAGAAGUUUUGGAAAAAAGUUAGAAAUGUGUGUGCAAUAAUGGAGCCUCUGGUCAAAGUUUUAAAAACUAUUGAUCAAGAUAAUAAGCCAACAUUGCCAAUUAUUUAUGAGGCAAUGGAUAGAGCAAAAAUGGCUAUUCAAAAGUCGGUGAAAUCUUGGAAAACAAUUUGGGAAGUGAUUGAUAAUAGAUGGUACAAUCAACUUCAUCGGGAUUUACAUGCGGCAGUUCGAAGAGGGUUAAAAAACGUCAUUGCAAAGUUGGAGCCAAAUUUAGAUGCACAAGUUGAUUCAAUAAAUGAGAUCAAAAUUUUUGCAGACAAAAAGGGAGGCUUUGGAAGUGCUAUUGCAGCAAGAGCAUUACCAAAAUCUUUACCAGCUGAAUGGUGGCUUAACUACGGUGAAGAUGCGCCAAAUUUAAGGAAUAUUGCAGUGAAAAUAUUGAGUCAAACCUGCACAUCCUCUGGUUGUGAGCGAAAUUGGAGUACAUGGUCAUUAAUUCAUACAAAACUACGCAACCGUUUGGCAGUUAAAAAAUUGCAUAAAUUAGUUUUUGUGCAUUACAAUAUGCGAUUGAAGGUGAAAAAUUUGAUGCAUCAAAGAGAUACUGAUGAUUUCUACAACCCAAUUGACUUGAAUCACAUUUUUCACCAAGAUGAUAUAUUGGAUGAUUGGAUAAGAGAAAAUGAACAACCCACAUUGCCUGAAGAUAAUCUGGAUUGGUUGGAUAAGGGCAUUCAUCAAACUGAAUCAGAAAGUAGUGAAUAUCAAGAACAUGACAACGAUGGUUUUGGUGAUACAUUGUCCCAAUAUAUUACCAAAAGAAAUAAGAAAGGUCUUGCUGCAUCCUCAAGUAGGAAACAAAAAAGUAAGACUAAACAAACCAGUAAGCAGACUGUUCCGUCAUCUUCAAAUAAAAGUGACAGCAGUAAUGAUGAUGAUGACAAUGGUGACAAUGGAGAUGGAGGGAACAAUUCUUCCAGGCAUAGUGGUUACAAUCGAGAUAGCCAACAAGCAGGAGGUAUGUCAUGGGCUCAAGGACAAGAUAAUUAUUAUGCCACUCAAGAUACUGAUCAUGGCUAUCGUCCUGGUAUAGAAGCACAACGUCAAUUCCUCAAUGAUUUAACUCAAUUUUCAAGUGAGGAUACUUUCUCUCACCAUUCAGGGUCACAAAGAUAUAGAGGAGUCAAUGAUCAGAUGCAAAAUUUGGGUAUAUACUCAACUUAUGAGCAUGAAUCUAAUCAAAACCGUAGUACUAGUCAAUUGGGAUAUGGCUAUGACCAAUCAUAUGGAAUCACUCCUGACUAUUACAGUGGAUAUCGGCCAUUUGACAGACCUGGACAGGUUGAAAGGUCUACUAGCAUUCAUGGUAGUGGAUACUAUGAAAAAGAAAUAGAUAAGUCUCAUGAUGGUUCUUCUUUUGAUUCCAAUAACAUUGGAUUUUAUGGUCAUGAUUCUACUGCAUCAUAUGGUACCAGCGAUAGUGUUAACUAUCGAGGGUUUGGAUACUACCAUCAACAAAUCAUCUCCAAUCCAGAAGUUCUUCCGUCCAAUGAUUAUGGAACAUCUAGUCAAUCCUCACAUCCAGUAAAUACACCAGAUAACUCGUUUACACUACCUACUCAAGGUCCUAUGCCACUUCCACAUCUGUUUUACCAUUCAUCGACCAAUCAGGAUGAUUUUGAACCACAUCGUCAUUCUACUUGGUAUUAA